UCAAAAAGAAAAAGAUAUAAAAUUUCCCGAAAAAAGUGAAAUUUUGUUUUAAAAUCAAUUAAUUUAAUUCCCAUAAUAUAAAGUGAAUAAUAAAUAAACAGAAAUGAGUGAUUUUUUUAAAUCUGCUAUGGGUUAUUUUAAUAACCCAUCAUCAGCAAACAAUAGUACAUCUAAUCCCAAUAGUGGUGGCUCCUCUAGCAGUGGAGUGCUAAAUGCCAACACAUACAAAAGUUCAACAACAGCGUUUCAAGACAAUGAUUUUUGUGGCCAAACCGUGGAUAUCAAUGGUCAUAAGUUACGCAUUAAAGGAGUCAUUGCCGAAGGCGGUUUUGCAUUUGUAUAUGUUGCACAAGAUAUACAAACGGGUAAAGAAUACGCCCUUAAGCGUCUUAUCGGUGCUGAUAAGAAGGCAUGUCAGUCUAUCAUUAAUGAAAUAAAUACACACAAACAGUUAACAGGACAUCCAAAUAUUGUGGGAUUUGUUACGGCCACAUUUAUUGAUAAAACCAAUGGACCACAGCAGAGAGCAGAAUAUUUGCUUUUAACCGAAUUGUGUAAAGGCGGCUCCUUAAUUGAUUGUUUGGGUUCUAAUCUGGAUCCUCCCUUAAUAUUAAGAAUAUUUUAUCAGGCCACUAAAGCAGUGGCUCAUAUGCAUUCACAAGUUCCAGCCAUAGUGCAUAGAGAUAUAAAAAUUGAGAAUUAUUUGUUGGGAGAUGAUAAAAAGUUAAAGUUGUGCGACUUUGGUUCGGCAACAACUGAAAUUUUUUCACCCACUUUAGAUUGGAAUGCUCAGCAACGAAACACUUUGGAAGAUCAGUUGAGCAGUGUUACUACACCCAUGUAUCGUGCUCCUGAAAUGCUUGAUACUUGGUCUAAUUAUGAAGUGGGUCUUAAGGUAGAUGUCUGGUCCUUGGGUUGUAUUUUAUACGUUUUAUGCUUUCAAAAACAUCCUUUUGAAGAUUCAGCAAAACUACGCAUUGUUAAUGGCAAUUUCAUUAUUCCCACUGAUUCCAGAUAUAGUUGUUUUCAUGAUAUAAUAAAAGGUUGCUUGGUGGUAAAUCCCGCACAACGCUUUAAUGUUUCUACGAUAUUGGAUCGCUUGGCUGCCGUUGCAGAAACUAUGAACUGGUCUUUGAAGGGACCUUUAGACUUGGUCGGUAAACCCAUAAUUACCACCACACCAGAACAUUCAUAUGGCGCAGCUCAACCGCCAGCGACUGCAAUGCCCAGACACCAGGGUUCGACUGCUGGUAAUUCUACAUUUUACGAUGAUUCCACAUCAGGCAACGUCAAUCGUUCACAAUCACAUUCGCCUCAUCUUCAAGCUUCAUCCGCUUCCUCACAGAGUUCCUCAGUUAAUGCUUCGGCUGCCAAUGGUAGUUUGUUCUCAUCAUUGCGCGGUGGAGCUGGUAGUUUUUUGAAAAACCUUAAAGAUACUUCAUCGAAAGUGAUGCAAACCAUGCAACAGACAAUCGCUCGUAACGAUUUAGACAUUAGUUAUAUUACAUCACGUGUAUUAGUAAUGCCCUGUCCUUCGGAGGGCUUUGAAUCGGCCUAUAAAACCAAUAACAUUGAAGAUGUGCGUUUAUCGAUAGAGAGCCGAUUUCCACCACAAAAAGUCAGUGUCUAUAACUUUGGGCCUCGUUCCUGUCCUCGCUUGUCUCCCCCAGUUCGCACUGUAGAGGCCGGUAGCAUAUAUGGUUGUUCACAGGCCAGAGCCCCGAAUUUACAGGGUCUAUUCUCGGUGGCUGAGGAUAUGUAUGGUUUUCUAACCGCUGAUCCCAAAUCUAUUGUAAUUAUACAAACAGGAGAUGCUGGUGGUUGCACAGCCGCCACUCUAGUGUGCGCAUUGUUAAUGUAUUCCGAUCUCAUAUUGGAGCCAGAAGAUGCUGUGCAAGUUUUUGCCGUCAAAAGGCAUCCGGUAAAUUUAAGACCAUCUGAAUUCCGCUAUCUUUACUAUUUGGGUGAUAUUUUACGUCCAACACCCCUACUGCCUCAUUAUAAAAAUAUAAAUUUGGUAUCACUCAGUUGUCAACCAGUUCCUCGCAUGACCAAGACCAGAGACGGUUGUCGCAUGUACAUGGAAGUCUACAGCAAUGAACGUCUUCUAAUGUCCACCAUGCAGGACUAUGAAAAAAUGCGUUUAUAUAUAGCUGGACCAGGAAAAAUAACAUUGCCUAUUAACUUAACUGUUUGUGGAGACCUUGUGGUGGUGUUAUAUCAUGCUCGCAAGGGAAUGGUGCGCCCUCAAGGAGUAAAAAUUUGUCAAUUUCAAUUACAUACUGGCUUUAUACCAGAACCGGAGACUUUGAUUACCUUCUGUUCACAUGAUUUGGAUGAUCUACCAGAUCCUGAUUGCGUACCACCAAACUUUACGGUUUCAUUGUCAUUGACAGUUACAGACAUGGAGACGCCACCUAGUCGUAAUCCUCCCUGGUUGCCAACCAAACCCAGACGUAAUGCUUUCAACUUAUUUAGUUCUCAAUUGGAAUAUGAAGAAAUGAUUGACAAUUUUGUGGCUAAACCCACUUCUAAUAAAUCUCCAGCUCCUUUAAGGCAAGCACCAGCAGUACCCCAAACAAAAGCGAAAUCCACAACACCACCAUUAAUUAUGCCCGAUAUAACAGAAAUGACAGCAGAAGCUUUUCAUAUUCCACCAGAACCGACACCACCCAUUGAUUUAUUAAACUUAAAUCAACCUUCAAGUCAACAGCAACCAUCAAAUGAUCCACAGGCUACCGCUAUGCCCUCAACAGACGCAAGUUUUGAUUUAUUGGGCGCCUUUGGUGAUGAUGAUUCUUCCGGUAUUGGCUCAGCGCCUAUGCCUGAUAUUUUGGCCAAUAAUGCACAACCAAAAUCGACUGCUGAUUUAGAUGAUAUAUUUGGUCCUUUGAAUUCCAAUACAACGCCUUCCUUUAAUUUAGAUUUUAAUGCUUUUGCCUCGCCAACACCACAAGGCACAAACACAUCAUUUGGAAAUUCCAAAAUAACAACGGGUGCUUCAACAUCGACAUCUUUUGGUACGUUGCCCACGUUUACAACACAAACAGCAAGUAAGGAACCAUCGCCGCAACAGCCUAAAGAUCCAUUUGCUGAUAUUGCCAAUUUAGCCUCAGGCUUAAAUAUAAAUUUCACUCCAAAUUCAACAUUAGGUGGUAAAUCGGCCGGUCACACUCCAGUGGGUAGUAGUCCUUUUAAUACGCAAUUUUCGAGCCCAACUCACAAUCAGACUGCAACCAAUAAUAUACGGAUUCCUACAGCAUCCACUCACACUUCAAAUACAACAUCUCCAAAUCAUAUGAAAUCGCCAAAUAAUGCUUCUUCCAAUUUUGGCAUGUCUUUCAAUGCAACACAAAAUUCGACUGCCCAAAAUCGUCCCGAUUAUAGUCGUUCACAUUUCGAGCCAACCAAACCAUCAUCAUUUUCUAAUACACCACAGCAGGGAAAAAGUUCAGAUAUAUUUGCUGAUAUUUUGGGAGAGCAGGGCUAUAAGUUUACCAGCAAAGGCAAUCAGGGACCACGGUCCAUAAACGAAAUGCGCAAAGAGGAUUUAAUUAAAGAUAUGGAUCCAAAGAGAGUUAAAAUAAUGGAAUGGACUGAAGGCAAAAAGAAUAAUAUACGUGCUUUGUUGUGUUCGAUGCAUACGGUUUUAUGGUCGGAUGCCAAAUGGAAUAAGUGUGAAAUGUCUCAAUUAAUCACACCAACAGAUGUUAAGAAAGCCUAUAGAAAAGCUUGUUUAGCUGUUCAUCCAGAUAAACACAAUGGUACUGAUAAUGAAGAAAUCGCUAAGAUGAUUUUCAUGGAACUUAAUAAUGCUUGGACUGAUUUUGAAAAUGAUGCCACUCAACAGAAUAUGUUCAAUUAAUUAUAACAUAAAAACUUUUAAUUAAAUAGUAUAAUGCUACUAAUUCAUUAUUUUUUUAUUUUCUAUUAUAUCAAAAGAAAACAACAAACCUGUAAUAUAUAUAAACACUACUCCCUGAUGAUUAUUUAAAAUAUUCUUUAAAAAGUAAAAUAUAAAAUAUUUAUAUAUAAAUAUAUUGCUACUAUUAAAUGCUUUAAGCUGAUAUCUUAAAAAAACACCCUCGUCUAAGGACUUUAUUUACUUAAUUUUUUUAUUAUGGAAAUAUUUUAAAAGAAAAAUAUAUAUUCCAAUUUAUCAACUAAAAAAAUAUCUUUAUGUAGAUGAAAUUAUACUAAACUUAAUUUCUUACUUUUAAAAUAAUUAUAAUUU